GGCGUGUAGACGGCAUGCUGCUACCGUCGCUCCUAAUACAAUCGUAUCUGUCGUCGCGGCAUCGGAUGCUUUGUGCGUCCAUUCCCUUGCUUUCCGCGCAGAUUUUUGUCUUUUGGGUCUGCUGUUCCAUUUGUCAGCUCACCGCCUCUGGUCUUCUGCGGCAAGGUCUCUAUAGGGAACCUGCAUGCAUGUUUGUAUUCACGGCGAAGCUGUAGCGGAAGAAAGAAGAAGCUGUAAUCGUUAAAGAAACUGAAGACCUGCACGUAAAAUACAGGCAAAAAAAAAACAAGCGUUUCAACAUUAUAUCGCUUUCGCCUGAGACUAAUAGAUUAAUUGAGUCGAGACAAUAUUGAAUUAGUGUUGUUGUCCUCGUUAGCGGAACGGUUAAUGUUUAAAGUCAUCUUCAUCGCCAGACGAAACCGUUACUGAUAUCGUGACGAAGAAAACGGAGUGAUGACCACGGCGAUCCUUCCUCGAAGCAAAGAUACGGUCAACGCAACGUUGUGUGUGUCUUUGGCAGCCACGCUCGUCUGUUUUCGGAAAUCGCCUUAAACGGGAAUCAAAAGGACUGAGCGAACUCGAGGUUUCAAUUUAGCUGGCGUAGCGUAUUGACAACUAUGUCCUUUUCGUUUGGUCCUUUUGGCCGAAAGAAGAAGGGCUUGAAUGAGCAUGAGCGUCAGGUGUUGGCAAAAAUACGUGAGGAGCAGAAGCGGGAUAUAUCUGAUCAUGUCGUCGACGAGGAAAAACUACGCCAGUUGUAUAAAGAAGAGGAAUAUAUUUUUGAGAGACAAAAGUGCAUACUUGAUUUAUAUGACGAUAUUGGGGAACGCCAAGCUGCUGUCGACAAGCGCGUGAAAAAACUACGCGAAAAAAACUCUAUUGGACGCUAUAAGGGAGACUGCAUUGAAAAUAUGGAGUCAUGGGAUGGGAAGACCACAGUAACAGAGACGGACGAUCCGACUGUAGUGGAGUUACAGGAUGAGGCGCUUAUGAUCAUUCGAGAAAACUGGGAGACGAAGUUGGCGAUUGAUGCGGCAGUUGAAGAGCUAUACGAAUUGGAAUUAAAGCUAAUGCAACUAAAGGUUGAUAAGAUGUGGGAGCCCCUAAAGGAUCUACCGCCGAAGAAUUUAAUGCCUAUCAAUGUCUGACUAAAUUACUUUUAUGUAACUGCACUGCUACGGGUAAAUUCUUGAAAGAUAAAAAUAUUUAAUAAAAGGUUUUCAAAUUAAUUUGAGACAAAGUCAAAUUGCAGGCCACGAUGCGCCACCGGAACUAUAUUACCUAAUUUUUCCACAGCAGUGGCUGGUCGUUUUUGGGCUAAUUAUAAUUUGUCAUUUGACGUUAAUGAAGAAUCCGAUACCCAUAUCACGACGAAAAAGAACGUGGAACUAUAGUCAAAAACAUUCGAGCAAUUAGCAAACGGAUUUUUGUACAAUUCUGCCUUCUGUUGAACAGAUAAAGCUAAUUUAUU